CACAAAUAGGCAUAAGUGGAGGAAUUGUAUUUCAGAUAAGGAGCGUCAACACUGUAAAUUAAGUUUGGAUCUUUCAACUUGUGCUUCGCAUGUAUGAAUCGAUGGCGCUUUUAAGAGGCCUAUCAUUUGUAAGCCUGAUUUGCCUUACCUACGGAUAUUACUAUGUGUCACUUCCAAAAUACUUAUCCCCUGGUACGCCCUUGAACGUAGUAGUCCAUGUGACCCAGUCUGGGGGCCCGGUAUCUUUUCUGGCAGAAAUUGUAGCAUCCAACCAUUCGGACGUAGCCAGUGUCAGGAAAAACAUUGUUAAUGAUGUUCCUGAAAGCUUGCAGGUUAUGGUUCCUAGCAACCUUACCAAAGAUGACUACAAGAUUGUUGUGUCUGGGUCUGGAGGACUUUCCUUCCAUAAAGUGGCUAAACUGUCCUAUGAAGAGAACAUCCUGGUUUUCAUCCAGACUGAUAAGACACGUUACUCUGGCGGUCAACAAGUUAAAUAUAGGACAGUUUUCUUGUUGCCGACUCUUGCGAACUACAACGGUAGCGCUGUUAUUUCAUUCUACGAUGGCAAUGGAAACAGAAUAGAGUCAAGAGGGCCGACCGCAAUAUCAGACGGUGUGAUUGGCGGAGCCCUUGAUUUAAGCAGGGAACCUGUUUUCGGCGAUUGGCAAAUAGCGGUUCAUGUUCAGCAAACAACCGUUUCGAAGCAGUUUAAGGUGUUCGACUACAUUUUGCCGAAGUUUAGUGUGGAACUGACUUUACCGCAAAACAUGAAAUCAACAGAUCAGAGCAUAACUAUUUCAGUGAAAGCGAGAUAUACGUUCAAUAAAGACGUGUUCGGCACUUGCACCAUUCAGAUAUAUGACGCGGACUUGAAGCAAUCGAAUAUGGAAUUUGAACAGGAGAUAAGAGGAACAACAAAUUUUACUAUUGACUUGCAUAACCUAAAACAACAUUUCUAUGUGCUUGAUAACAUCAAAAUUCGAGCUUUGGUAACAGACAAUGCAACUGCCCUUACAAUGGCUGCGGAAAAAGAUUUAAAAAUCGUUAUACAGAAACAAGAUAGAUGGAAAAUCAAACAAAUACUCGAUAGGGAAGGAUUUUUACCAGGUCUUACUUAUUCAACGAUCGUUCGCCUGACUAACCACGAUGACGCUCCUAACAGAUCAGGAGUAUUAAGAUACGAAGCAACAUUUCAUCGAGUUGUUAAAAUGACUUGUCCUACUGGAUCAUUUCACAAAGAAACAUUAAACGUGACUUAUACACAUCUGAAAGGCGCUGCUUCAUACGUAACUUCUGGAUUCGCUGUGAUCUCAUUCUUAGUACCAUUAGGGCCUAUUGAAGCAAUGGAACUAUUAGUAAGCGAUCAAUAUACAGGAGCAAAAAUGUUCAUCUAUUUGUUCUCGUUUUCAAGACAUUCAUUUCCGCUUCUUCGAGUUUGGACAAACACACCGGAUGUUUUGGUUGGAGAUAUAAUUGAUCUGCGUGUUGAGUCAACAGAAGCCUUGGUUGGAUAUGUCACAAUGGAGUUUUACUCACGCGGAAAGAUGAUACGACUCAUCCAAGCACCUGCCAGCAAUUCAAGAAUAAUAGGUCUUAAUGUUCCGAUAUCAGCAGACAUGUUUCCCCGGUUGUUUCUCAUGGUGUCACACAUAACACAGUCUGGACACAUUCUAUCAGACAAUGUAGUGAUCCAAGUCAAAGGGAAGCCCUUUAUUAAUAAGGUAUAUGUAUGCGGUUAAAUGUAAUGUAUGCUUAUGUGCGUUUCACAAUUGUUAAGGAAUGUAUAUCUAUAAGGUUUAUACACCUUUUUGAGGUUGUUUUAUCAUCUGCAAAGGCCCGCAAAAUGGUUAACAGCCCGAGUGCGGAGUAUUUUACGCUAUUAUUUCAUAAAACACACACCAUGAGUAACUUUUUAUGUUAAAAGAGCUGUUAAAUGUCAAGGAAAUUCAAAAACAGUAAGUU